AUGAACAGGUCAGCCGAUGGCCCGUGGCCAAUGAAGAACAAGGUCUUGAUUCUAUUGGGCUUCCAUAGACGGGACCAGUUUAUCUUUAUAAUGGCUGUGAUUCUGUUGAUUGUGCCCAAUGCCUUAUUUGGUGUCUACAUCGCACCCUGGGCAUGGUCACAUACUUCGCCGGCCUCGGUAAUCAUAUGGGCAUUCUUAUGGCUAUGGACGGCUGUCUCUCACUUUACUACCACUAUACUUGAACCUGGUUAUCUGCCAAAGAAUCUGGAUCCACCUGCCGAUUCAAAUCUAGUUCCUACAAGUCGGCAGCCGUCCUUACAGCCCGGCCAGCUACCUCCAAACUAUCCUUUCAACGGCGGAGAGUUUGUUCCAGACACGAGAUCCGUCGUCGUUAACGGCUGGGAGGUCAAGAUAAAGUACUGCCACACAUGUCGGUCAUGGCGAACACCUCGAUGUUCACAUUGCUCAACUUGUGGUCGCUGUGUAGAAGGAUUUGAUCAUCAUUGUCCUUAUGUCGGCACAUGUCUCGGAAAACGCAACUACCGCUUCUUUUACAUGUUCCUAAUAUCAGUCCUAUGUCUCUCCGCAUACGUACUCAGCUUCUCACUCGCAAUGCUGAUAAUCAAUGGACAGACACUGCCCGGAGGUUUCUGGGAUGCAGUAGCGAAAUAUCCAGUUAAUGCGGCAAUCGCCAUAUUUGGUGCCAUGAUUCUGAUAUCGUUGUCGUCUUUAACAACAUAUCAUACAAUGCUCAUCAUGCAGAACAUGACAACACACGAUCAGUUACGGGAACGAGAUCACAAAUUUAGAGCCAGUAAUAUUACUGCUCCGUUUGAUCAGGGCUCUGUAGCCAAUAAUUGUUGUCGAGUCGGAAACUAUCAACCGCUGGUAUUAGCUGCAUCCUCAUCACAGUCCGAUAUAGAAGCAAUACCACCAUCAUCACAACCACCCAACAAUAAUGUCAUUAUACCGCAACCUGUACCAUCAUCAGGAUUUCCUCAAAUGGAAACAAGAAGGCAUGAAAACCCAUUGCCACCACUACCUGUAAUCGAUCAUGAAGCCGCAGAUUUAGGAAUACCGAGAGAGAGCUUGACAGAUGCUUCAACAAACGCUCCUAGCUCAAACGCUACGAGCUCACAUGAUGCACUUAUUGGAUAA